UGCGGUGUUUGUUUCGAUGGAGACUCAUACGACGACAAUCAAAUUUUGUUUUGCGACAAGUGCGACAUCGCUGUGCACCAGCUUUGCUACGGAAUUCGAAAGAUUCCUCAAGGUGAUUGGAUUUGCCGCUCGUGUAGCAGCCGCGGGGCCGCGAAAACGUGCUUCUUGUGCACCGAAAGAGGAGGUGCGCUCAAACCGACGGUGGACGGUCGUUGGGCGCAUCUUUUUUGCGCGCAGUGGAUUCCAGAGCUCUUCAUUCAAAACGUCGACUCGAUGGAGCCGAUUAAUGCGGCGCAUCUGCUCCCUGACCGAACGAACUUGACGUGUGUCAUUUGUAGAGAGCAUGGGGCUGGUGCUUGCAUUCAGUGCGCUUACGGUAAUUGUUCGGUACCAUUUCAUCCAAUGUGCGCUCUGAAAGCCGGCGUUCGCAUGGAGGUU